AUGAGUGUUUCAAGAAACAUAGUGGUCACAUACUUCACUACUUAUGAGGCCAACCUUGUUCACCUGCGCAAGGCUCAUAGGCUCUGGAAAAAAUGGUUCUGGGCAGUGGGUGUUAAUGACUUGUUUGCUGUUGAUCAGCAUGACAAGUGGCUUAGGUUUGGGCUUGCAUUACACACUGGCAUUGAGCCAUUCUCUGGGUGCAUCAUGAGCUUGGUUAGUGACCCAGGAUCAGAGAACUUCGGUAUUGCCAAUGCACACACCAUGCUCCAUCAGUGGCAUGAUCCAACACUGGAAGCAAAUGAUUUUGGGGCACUGGAUUUCAAAAUCAUUCUUGAACCAGGUGCCAUAGACCAUGUUCACAAUACUUACAUUGACCCCAAUCACGCUGUCUUUGAACUUGUUCCUCCAGAAUUUGGUAACUUCAUACAAUGUUGCUAUGAUGAGCUAGGUCACCCUCUUGUCAACCACCAGUCAGCAUGGACUGUCUACUUGGACUUACACCACAUCAUUUCUCAGCUCUAUGAGCAGCUGCCACAAAUAGUGCUCACUGACAAAGACAAUGAUCCCUUACCACUCCUGGAGAACCAUCAAGACUUGCCAUUUCAUGAGGAUGAGGAUGGAGCCUAUUAUAUGGGUGGUGUAGGCAGGAGAUUGGGUCUUGAUGAAUCACAUUCACAACAACUGGAUGCACUUGCACAGGAAGAUGAACCUGAUGUAUCUGUUGUUGAAGAGAAAAACCUGGAAGGGCUUGACCAUGCUGGUCUGGUGGUCUGGGAGUUUUCUGACAAUGAAGAUGAGGAUGUGGUAGAUGAAUGGUAG